AUGGCAAACCCUGGAUUGAGCAUUAAGCUCAUCCACCCCGAUUCCCAACCCAACCUCACACAGUCACACAGAACUCAAAAACUCAUUCUCCUAUCCAAACCUCGCGCCAUGCGCCUAACGAAAGACUUGCAUUCCAAGUACAUCAAUAAUUCCAAUGCUAAUGUUGUGCCUGCAAAAAUUUAUUAUCAAAAAGACUCUACCUACAUGGCACAAGUGAGCACAGGCACAUUCAGGAGGACACCCCCAAUUUCUUACUUCCUUGACGUGGACACGGGGAGUGGCAUUAUAUGGAUCCAAUGCCAAGAGUGUAGAAAUCCAGGACACCACUGCUUUUACCAGAGACAACCCCUUUUCCCCUCUUUGGAAUCCCUUUCUUAUCAAAAACUUGUUUGUAAUCGCCACCCCCUUUGCUUUCCCGGAAGAUGCAUUGGGAACUUUUGCUCCUACCUUGUGCAGUACGACGAUGGUGCUACAUCCGAAGGCUACCUUGCAUCAGAAACCUUUAAUUUCGAUUCAAAUUCAACUUCUCGAAACGUAGUUUUUGGGUGUGGUAUUAAUCAGAUCAAAAUGGAUAGGUAUGGUACUGGGGGUGGUAAUGUUGCUGGCAUAUUAGGCUUGGGAUGGUCAUCUCAUUCCCUUGUCAACCAAUUAGGCCCUAAUAGCACAAGCCAAGUUCUCAUAUUGCCUCCAAACAACGCACAAUAA